GAAGCAGAGCAAAAAAUGAAGAGAAUAGAGCAGACCAUGAUGAUGAGAACCUUGUACUUCCUGCUUCUCCUUAUCUUUCAAUUUCACCAGUUCCCGUAUGUGGCAUCAGCAACCACAUAUCUCUUUCCACCUCAACAACAAGAACAACGACAAAGCAAUGAUGAUGAUACAGUGAAGAAGUUGUUGUUGGCCUUCAAGCACUCUUCUGUUCAAUCUGAUCCACAUGGUUUCUUAACCGACUGGAAAUCUAAUUCUUCCAUUCCUUUCUGCUCAUGGAGAGGCCUCACCUGUUCUCCGGAAGGACAUGUCACUACCCUAAAUCUCUCCAACGCCGGCCUAGCUGGCAGUUUUCACCUUCCAAAUCUUACAGCCUUGCCCACACUCCAACAUCUUUAUCUUCAAAAUAAUUCUUUCUCGGCUGCUGAUCUCUCCUCCAAUAAUUCCCUAUGUAGACUUGAAACUGUUGACUUGUCCUUCAAUACCAUCUCAAACCCUCUUCCGGACCAAUCUUUUCUACAGGGUUGCAAUCACCUUGCUUUUGUCAACCCAUCUCGCAACUUAAUCCCCGGAGGCAGUCUCCAUUUUAGUCCUUCUCUGCUUCAACUUGACCUCUCUGGAAACGACAUUUCUCAUUUAUCUUUGUUAACUUGUCAAAACCUGAAUCUUCUCAAUGUUUCUCAUAACAAGCUCCAGGAAAAUCUUGGUCUUUCUCUGUUGUCUUGCAAAAAUCUAUCUACCGUCGACCUUUCGUAUAAUUAUAUAUCGGGGGAAAUACCAACCAGCUUUCUGGCUAAUGUUUCGGCAUCUCUCAAGUAUUUGGAUCUCUCAAGCAACAGUUUCUCUGGAGAGUUUGCAAGCCUUGAUUUCGGGCAGUGUAGCAGCCUCACGUUGCUGAAGCUAUCACACAAUAAUCUCUAUGGGGAUGAGUUUCCUUCAAGCCUUGCUCACUGUCAAGCUUUGGAGACACUGAACCUGACUAGUAAUAUGUUGCAGGACAAAAUUCCGGGUGCUUUGUUGGGAAAUCUCAAGAAGUUGAGGCAACUCUUUCUGGGUCGCAAUCAGUUUUCGGGUGAAAUUCCAGCCGAAUUAGGAAAGGCUUGUGGGACACUUGAGGAGCUUGAUAUUUCUGAUAACAUUCUUACUGGUGAAUUGCCUUCAAGUUUUGUGUCGUGCUCUUCUUUGGUUAGUCUCAAUCUUGGUCGCAAUCAGCUCUCAGGAAAUUUCCUCAGUACUGUUGUGAGUAAGCUUCCGAGUUUGACAUAUCUCUAUGUACCCUUCAACAACAUCACUGGUCCUGUGCCACCAUCUAUUACCAAUGGUACUCGGCUUCAAGUGCUCGAUCUCAGCGCUAAUCUCUUCACAGGGAAUGUUCCUUCAGUGUUUUGCUUCUCCAAUGCUCCCUCAGCUUUGGAAAAGAUACUUCUAGCCAACAAUUUUCUCUCCGGGACUGUGCCAUCGGAACUUGGAAACUGCAAGAGCCUGAAGGCUAUUGAUCUGAGUUUCAACAGUUUGAGUGGUGCAAUUCCUUUAGAAGUUUGGACCUUGCCAAAUCUUUCCGACUUGGUUAUGUGGGCAAACAAUCUCACUGGUGAAAUCCCGGAAGGCAUUUGCAUCAAUGGAGGAAACCUAGAAACCCUGAUUCUCAAUAAUAAUCUCAUUACUGGAGCCAUUCCACAGUCCAUUGGCAGAUGCACCAAUAUGAUUUGGGUGUCACUAUCUAGCAACCGGCUUACAGGAGCAAUCCCUUCAGGUAUUGGAAAUCUCCUUAAGCUUGCUAUACUUCAGUUGGGUAAUAUUAAUAAUUCACUGUCUGGUCAGAUUCCAGCUGAGCUUGGCAAGUGUCAGAGCCUCAUUUGGCUUGACUUAAGCCGCAAUGAUCUAAAUGGUUCCAUCCCAUCGGAGCUCGCCAGUCAAGCUGGCUUUGUUCUUCCUGGAAUUGUUUCGGAGAAGCAGUUUGCAUAUAUUAGAAAUGAGGGUGGUACAGCUUGCACGGGUGCAGGAGGCCUAGUUGAGUUUGAGGGAGUUCGACUUGAGAGACUCGAAAGUUUACCUAUGGUUCAUUCUUGCCCAUCAACUAGAAUUUACACAGGGUUGACAGUUUACACAUUCACCAGCAAUGGAAGCAUGAUCUUCCUUGACAUUUCUUACAAUUCCUUGUCUGGGACUAUUCCCAGAAUCUUAGGUAAAAUGUCCUAUUUGCAAGUCUUGAAUUUAGGACACAACAUGCUAGGUGGAAAUAUUCCGGACAGCUUUAGAGGAUUGAAAGCUAUUGGAGUUCUGGAUCUCUCUCACAAUAACCUUCAGGGAAUUUUGCCAGGGUCUUUUGAGACUCUCUCAUUUGACUCAUUUCUGAGUGACCUCGAUGUGUCUAACAACAACCUCACCGGUACAAUCCCUUCCGGAGGUCAGCUCACCACUUUCCCAGCAUCAAGAUAUGAGAACAACUCCGGCCUUUGUGGCAUUCCCUUGCCGGCCUGUGGAUAUCAAAGACCUCCAGCAGAAUCUGAAGUUGUUCCUGAAGAAGAGAAGACUAUAGUUUCAGGAAUGGUCAUUGGUUCUGCUUCUUUCACUUUUUUCUUUUUGGUGACUGUGUAUCUCUCUUUGAUGUCACCCUAUCUCGACCUCCCAUUCCGGAUUCUCCUCUAGGGUUUUUCCUGCUAGGAUCAGCUCAACCUUCCUUCUCCACAUUCACCUCCUCCAAAUUCAAUCCAAAAGACAAACUUUACCAUCACACUUGAGAACAAAACCAAUUGCUUGGAAAAAAAAAAAAGAUUGAGCGUUAGUCUUCCUUCCUUCUAACAUUGCUUUUGCUUUUCAAGGUCACUGUAAUUCUGUAAAGCAUCAACCUUUACCCCCCAAAAUACUAAUCAUUCUCCUCCAAAUCGAAAAAUCCCAUCUUUCAUCUCUUGUUGAAUCUAGCUAUCAUUUGUGCAAUGUUAAAGUAUUGGUUUUUUACUUCUUAAACUCACAGUUAAUCAUAUCCUCGAAACAGCAGAUGAAAACUGAGGUCACACACUUCUUUUCCCACGAGAAUACAAAACAAAAUCAACAACAACAAAAAAAAAAAGAACAUUGAAACAAACUGAUCAAAGAAGACAAAGAAACCGAGAGUAAAAGAAGCGCACCGUUCGAACUAGAGCCUUGUAGGACUUCACGGGACGCCGUGAGGUUGGUGAAAGAAGGGUCUGUGAGUCACCGAGAACUCAACGA